AUGAAGCCGAGCGUCCGGUGCCUCGCGCCGCUGCUGGCGCUCCUCCUCGCGGUGCCUGCACCAGGAUUCGAGUCCGGCGAGCUACUGAAGGCCACCUGCGUGCUGGCCAACGGCCCCGCUGAGGGGCUGAUAAUCUUCACCGAGAAAGUGGGCAAGGGCAAGACUCUGAUCCACGGUAAUGUCAGGGGCCUUGGACCACAUUCGAAGCACGGAUUCCAUGUUCACAGUCAGCCCAUCACCAACGGCAACUGUAGCUCUGCUGGUGGCCAUUACAACCCCUUCAACGCCACCCACGGCGGACGACUGUCCGAGGAACGACAUGUAGGCGACCUCGGGAACAUCCACAGUGACGCAUAUGGAAUCUCUCAGUUCAAGUUCAUCGACAGAAUCGUGUCGCUGAGCGACCCUGAGACGUCCGUGGUCAACCAUUCGGUUGUUGUCCACGCCGCCGAGGACGACCACGGGUUGGGCGGCGAUGCGGGCUCACUAGCCACUGGGAACGCCGGAGCCAGGAUUGGGUGCUGCGUGAUCGAGCAGCAGCAAAAGCUCUAG